AUGGAGCCAUCUGGUAACUAUGUCGGCUGGGGUUUCGGCUUUGGCUGGCAUAGGCUAAUGAUGCUGGACAACCCAUCCCUUGGGAUAGACUGCAUCAGCUCAAAGCGAAACCAUGGGCAAAUUAACUAUGGAAAUUUUAAAAAAUGGGUGUUGGAAAAGCUUCUUCCAAAUUUACGACCCCAAAGUGUGGUAUGCAUGGAUAUUGCCCCGUAUCACACAAAAAUUGAAGAUCCGACACCCACGAAAUAUGCUACAAAGCAAACAAUGAAUGGGCAUCAUGUUCUGCGUCUCCCUCCUUACCACUGUGAUCUAAACGCAAUUGAAUAUGUUUGGUCAUCAGUUAAAGGACUGAUCAGGAAAAGGAAUGUGACUGGGGACUUAAGCUUGGAAAAUUUGAAAAAUUUAACACAAAAAGCUUUGGAUGAAGUCACUUCUCAGGAAUGGCAGGCUCACUGCAAUUACAUAGAAAAACUUGAAAAUUCUUAUUGGGACAAGGACGAAAAUCUAGAAGAGAUAGUGUAUGAAUUAAUAAUUCAAACUGGCAGCAGCGAUUCUGAUUCUGAUUCAGAAGAAACGGAAUCUUGCGACAGUGAUUCAGACGACUUUUCAGAUGUUAAUACCUCUAUAAAAGUCCUCCAGAAGGCAUCCUUCUUCUUCAUCUGA